UGGACCCGCCCACUUGGUGACAAGUCCAAGUGGCUUCCAACAUGGCUGAAAGCAAACCGUGUGAUAAGGUGAACGGGAUCUCUGCCUGCGAAAUGAAAUGGCAACUCAUCUCGGGUGUAGGGAAUACCGUUAGAGCGACAUCACAGGUCCUGAUGUGUGAACUUGCUAAAGAGCUUCGUUGCUUGCAAAUUCCACCGCCUUUGGAAAGCCGGGAAGAACACGAGAGCCACGUGUCCCAAGUCAUAGAUAAAAUAGUGAAUGCUUCCGCCGAGAUCAUCUUGUGCGAAUUUCUUAGCUUUGUUGAGAACCUGUUUGAAGAUCUUCCCUCCAGGGUAUGUAAAUAUAAAAUGGAGAUCAAGCGACUAAACGAAGUCCUGAACGGUCUUCAAAAUGUACGUGAACCAGUGCGGAAACGUGCCCGUAGCGAAGCCGCCCGGGACCGCGGAGUCGAGGGCUUACUUGGUGUGCAGCAGCAAGGGGACGAGGCUGGCAGGGAGAAGAGCACAGGAGAAGAGCAGACUGCAGAGGGAGACGACAGACAUUAUCUGAUGAUUGUUACUCAGCGUUUGCUGAUGUUAAGAAGAAUGUGUGACACCGGCAUAAAUAGUGGAGGUAACCCGGGACCUGUAGCUUACACUGAAGAAUCAAAAGCUCUUGCUGAAGCAGGAAUCCUCAAGAAGGGCGAAUGUCCAAGUUACCCAGGGCCCAUUCAUUCAGAUUCUUCUAAAGAUGGAGAGGACACAUCUAAACAGAAUUCCUGCCAGGAGAAAAACCAGAACUCUCCUGAAUACCCGCAUAACAAAAUAAACCAAACGGAAAUUGUGACAGAUGACCUCUCCGAGCAAGCACCUGCUAAAAUGGAGGUGAACCCUGCUGAGUAUACGGCAGUCCACACAGCUGACAACAGCCAUGGGCAGAGGGGUGUACAUGUUAAGACUGAUGUGGGUGAGGUGGACGUUGCGCCUCAUCAGAAUAUAAACCCAGAAGGGUCUGAUGUGUGCGUAGAGGAAGGACUAUUGGGAGAGGGUCACCAAACCUCAGGUGUGAAAAAGGGGGACGAGAAAUGUGAUCAGAAGUGCAUAAAGUGUGGGAGAAUAUGUGGGUCUGCGAUACCACUAAGUAAGUAUCUCCCUGAAAGAAGCCAGCAAAGCUCCUCUGUUAAAAAGGACAGAUGUGUUGUUGGCACUAAAAUAGCAGCUAAGAAAAAAGUUAAAAAACCAGUUAAGAUGGAAAGCACAGAGUUAGUUAGUUGUGAUAAAUGUAACAUUCUCAUCCCUGGAGUCAGUCGUUUGAAGAAUCACCAGAAAUAUCACACCGGAGAGCAUCGCCAUCUCUGUACAGUAUGUGGAAAGAGCUUCCCUAUACAUCUGCAUCUAAAGCAGCACAUGUGUGUUCGGACUCAAGCAAAUAACAAGCAGCACAUUCAAAAGAACAAACGAGACUUCUAAGAAUUAGAUGAACUGUUAAAGCAGAUUGCAUGGUGAGGAAGAAAGUAAUAAAGAGUAUCCCUGGCAAUGUCUUGAACCCGAAAGAGAAACAUGAACACUGUACCGAUGAAUGUGCUUUGAUCCUCGAACAAAGUGGGGUGUUGUGUGCUGUCCAGAAUCGAGCUGUAGCGUCCAUUAAUGUAGGGAACAAUUACAUUAACAACAGAGUGGAAAUAUUUGUUGUAUAGCGUUUUACUUUGUAAACAUUUAUGACACAGUAACGUCCCAGUGCUCGUAUUUCAUCUUUCUUUGAUAGUCUGAUACCACUGAUUGAUGGCAUCCCUUCAUGCUUUAAAGAUGCUAACCAUGCCCUCCAGUUGUUUAACAGUCCUGACGGCUUUAUCUUUUACCACGGGCAUCUCCUCUCUGUGUUCACAGACGUUUCUCAUGAUGAAGGUUUUGUUGUCCACCGACAGGAGUCCGUCCUGUCCAGGAUCCUCUCUUGAGCACCCGUGUCAGACUGGCAGAACUGGUUCUUACCCUGAAUGCCUUCACAUUUCAAAACUUUUUUUUUUUUUUCACCAAAUAAAUAAAGUUGCAGUUGGUACUCAAAUGGGAUCUCGUUUUGCCAACAUCUUCGUCGGCUGGGUAGAAGAGCAUUUCUUUUCUUCCUACCUAUGCUUUGUACCAGACCUUUACAAACGAUUAGGUUGGUGCUGCCUCUUACUCCUGGAACCAGCUAAAGGAAUUCCUUAAUGAUUGUAUUAGUUUCCAUUCAUCUCUCAGGUUGACAUUUCCACCAUAACUCUGCCAUUUUUAGCUUUCCAGAACUUAAACACCCUGUCUAUUAACAAGCCAACUAACUUGAACAGCUCCAUCCAUCCCUGGCAUACUAAGCACUCACUUGCUCUUUCACAAUUCCUUAGAUGGGGUUAACUUCUGAAAUGAAACACUCCAAAUGUGGAGGCUCUUCAUCGAUAGAUGACAAUCUCAUAUUGAGAGGGGAGCCAAGAGUAGACCUUCUAACAUCUAAGAGGUACCCCACUGAUGAAACCUGCAUCCUGUUGGUCCUCCCAUUCCACCCUAACACUCCCUCUCCCUCACAGGUCUUCAGACAAACUUUCUCAUUUGGCAGACAGAUCCUUCUACAGGAAGGAACUCUCCCUUGCUCUCCACAAACUUCUCAAAUGCAGCUCUCUUGACUUCUGUUCCAGCUCAUAAUGAAGAGAACUGGAGCCGCUGCAUCACUUGCAAAUACGUCGCCAACCAUACCCUUGUAUCUGGUCCUCCUGGUAAAUUUAAUAUUAAACAGUGGGCAUCUUGCCAGUCUAAACAUCUUAUUUACUGCACUCCAUGUAGGACGUGUCCAACCAUCUACAGAGGUGAGACAAGGUGACGGCUAGUUGACCAUUUCAGGGAGCACAUUCAAGCCGUUAAAAUUAAACAUCUCCCAUGCCUUGACCAUAGCCAUGCUGAUUUCUUAGUGUGUUCUUCAGAAGGGCUUCGCUCAUUUUCAGCCCGGGAUCUCGCAUUUUUCAAAGUCUUAAUGAUGGACUAACUUUUCCUUUAUUUUCUCUAAUGUCAGUAUUUUUACUUUAAUCUGCCCUCCUUUCCUUCUUAAAUAAUUUUAUCUGAUCUUUCCAUUUCAGUUACACCACCGCUGAUGUCUGUACAGUCAAGUCAUUGUCUUUUAUGUUCUUUCUUUAAUGUUUGCAAUG